UGCGACCUACUUUUGACUCGCUUGUUUUGGUUAGUGAGUGUUUUCCCAACCUCACUUUCAGAUAACCAAUCAAGUACGCACUUCCGUAUAGACCACGUGACCUCGCUUUCGAUCUUGGCGACCGUACAAAUCGGACGUGUUUUUACAUAGCUCCAGUAAGACUCGUAUUUUAUUUUAUUUGUUUGAAAUUAUUAUUUUUUGACAAUACUAUGUCGGAAGAACAAAUCCGUCGCUCCAAAGAGCAAGAAGACGGAGAAAUAUUGGAUUAUGAAUCCACGCCUUCGCGUGAAGCGCAAUUAGAAGGCGAGGGAGAUUCUGUGCAGUUUCAAGGGAAAACCCCGACUAAGAAACGUUCAAAUUCUCGAAGCAAAGAUUCGGGAAAAACUAAAUAUCAGAUGCUGGAAGAAAAAUUUGAUUCGAAAAUUCAGUGUAUGGACAGUAAGUUAGACCGUCUCUUUAGUAUUUUAUCUUCCAAACAUUCUCCCGGAAAUCCAUAUUCUGAUUCUGAUAGUACAGAUGACGAUAUUUCGGAUAGAAGAAAUUCGGAUAAGAAUUCAGGUUUACCAAAACGUGAUGACAUCAUUACAAUUCCAUCAAAUACGGAUGUUGAUAAUUAUUUGAAUGACAUUGAUCCAGAAGCUUCUAAUUCUGAAUUACAGAAGUCGUGUGAUAAAAAUGAUUCAAAUUCAACGUUGUCUGAAAAAACAAAAAGUUGUCUUGUUGAAUUAUUUGGAGAAGACGCUCUUUUACCAAGUAAAGAACCGGAAGAGAAUGGUAUAUUACUUGAUGAUGCUCAGAAAUCUGUAAUUUCAAACAGUUAUAGGACUAAGAAUCCACAACAUUUGUCAGCCUAUAAUGAAAAUCUACUUGAUGAAUUUCCAGUUAGCAAAGAAACAGAAAAAUUUCUUCAAGUACCUCAAAUUGAUCCAUUAUUUGAAUCUUUACUUAUAAGAAAACAUGGUGAAAAAGCAUCCUUCGCAAAUUCUAAACCCAAAGGGAUGACAAGUUUAUAUUCUCAACCUUGCAAGAGUGUAGAAAGAAUUGCCUACAAAGGCUCCCAUGCAGCUCGCAUAGGAAUGAUAACUCAGGCCUAUGUUCAACAAGGACUAGGGAAUUUAUUACAGGUACUUCUCACAGGUAAUUUUGAUUCUGAAGAUCUAGUUAAACAAGUGAGAAAUAUUUUUGCUAUCACUACCAGAAGUAUGGAUCAGUUUGGCCGGACAGGAGCCUUUUUCCACAUAAUUAGAAGAUCUUUAGCUAUGUCUGACACAUCUCUCUUUGAAUUACAUGAUCAUGGGAAAUUCUCAAGUUUACCACUAUCAGGUGAAGGGCUUUUUGGUCCAGAUUUUGAAACUUUGUUAAAGCAACGCAAAGAAAGAAAAAAGCAAAUAGAUGAACUUUUGCCAGAUUUUCGCAAAAAAGAUACAGUGUAUAAACGCAAAUUGAAUUCAAAUUCAAAGGCUAAUGAACCACCUGCAAAAAAGCCAUUAUAUGACAGACAGCGCACUGUAACUUCCUCCAAUAGUUCAGAUACUUUUCGUAUUCCAAAAGUCACAGUAUCUGCAGUCAACUCCUCCAGUAAAUAUCAGGGAGACAGGGCAUUCAGCUAUGGUAAAUCAAACCGUCCCGAUACCUCCAAAUCUGUUGGCAGAGGACGUGGACGAUCAGAUAGAAAAUGACUCGGCACUAACAGAGACUCCUUUUGAACCGUUGAGAAAAGCGUCCCUGAAGCAUCUUACAUGGAAAACAAGCUUCCUUAUUGCUGUAACAUCUUUCAGACGAUGUAGUGAUUUGCAGAAUCUCAAGCUUGGUGAGGGAAAU